AUGUAUUCAAAAGCAGGAGAAAUCGUUCAAGAAGUAUUCAGUUCUCUUCGUACUGUGCUUUCGCUUAAUGGUGAAAAACUUGAAGAAAAACGAUACGAAAGCAAAUUAAAGGCAGCUAGUUGGAGUAGUAUACGUAAGGGUGCCGUUUCUGGUCUUGUUACUGGAUGGAUCCAUCUGAUAGUUAUUACAUUAGGACGAAAUAUUAUUAAUGUUGGGUAUGUUAGUCCGCUCUUUCAAUCAUUGGAAGAAGCUCGAGGUGCUUCAACACCUAUAUUCCGAUUGAUCGAUGAGGAAGAAAAGAUAAGUAUGAAUGAACCACAAAUAUUACAAGAUUCUAUUGCUUGUGAAGGACCUAUUAACAUGAAUGGUGAUAUUCAAUUUGAUAAUAUUAACUUUGCCUAUCCAACACGAUCAGAUGCCUUAGUCCUAAGGAAUCUGACUUUGAUGGCUCGUGCCGGUGAGACAAUAGCUUUAGUUGGUUCAAAUGGUUCUGGUAAGAGCACAUGCAUUUCACUUCUACUUCGUUUUUAUGAACCCUUAUCUGGUCGCAUUACAAUUAAUAAUCGAUCCAUAACUGAUUUCAAUCUCAAACAAUUUCGACAAAAGAUUGGUGUAGUGAGUCAAGAACCUAUUCUCUUUGCUACAAGUAUCUAUGAAAAUAUUCGCUUUGGUAAGCAGAAUGCAACAAAAACCGAGAUUGAAGAAGCUGCACGUCUAGCCAAUGCACACGAUUUUAUUAUGCAACUGUCUAAUAAAUAUGAUACAAUUGUUGGUGAAAGUGGUGUUCAAUUGAGUGGUGGUGAAAAACAACGUGUGGCUUUGGCUCGUGCCCUUGUCAAGCAACCAGUCUUGCUUUUAUUGGACGAAGCUACAAGUGCCCUUGAUAAUGCGAAUGAACAGAUCGUUCAAGAAGCCCUCGAUCGAGCUUGUAAAGGUCGAACGACUAUAGUAAUUGCUCAUCGUUUGACAACAAUUCAAAAUGCGCAUCGGAUUUAUGUGUUGCAUAAUGGAUGUGUCAUUGAACAAGGUACACAUGAGACAUUGAUGUCAAAAGAAGGAAGUCGAUAUCGUGACAUGAUGAAAGCUCAACAAAGAGAAAAUGUAGGAAUUGGUACCAAUCAAACAACAAGCCACACACAAGUAGAAGAUGAUGAUCAAAAUCAAAUAUCUGAACGAUCUCGUCAUUGUAGUCAUAAAGAACUUGACGAUAGGAAUCAAACAUUUGGAGCAUAUACUUAUGAAGAACGACGUGGUCAAAUUAUCAAAUAUUCCCUUCUCUUCUUGUUGAUGGGCAUUGUUGUUUUGGUUAUUCGUUUUAUUCAGUAUACUGUUUUUGCUAUUUCUGGUUCAAAAUUAACUGAGCGUAUUUGUACUAAAGCUUUCGCACACUAUCUACGUCAAGAAGUGGCUUUUUUUGAUCUUCUUGAAAAUAUCUCUGGAGCGAUUGCUAAUCGCCUCUCGUCUGAUGCAUUGGCUAUUCAACAGAUGUAUCUUGAUGGUGUGAACAUUCGAAAUCUUAAUAUCCAAUGGCUUCGCUCGUGUCUCGGUCUUGUUAAUCAAGAGCCUGUUCUAUUUAAUAUGACUAUUGCUGAGAACAUAGCAUAUGGUAGAGAAAACACUUCGAUUGAAGAUAUUAUUAAUGCAGCUAUUAAAGCCAACAUUCAUCAUUUCAUUCAGCAGUUACCUGAAGGCUAUAAAACUAAAGUAGGUAUGAAAGGUUGUCAGUUGUCAUGUGGUGAGAAACAACGUAUUGCUCUUGCUCGAACUUUUAUUCGUCAACCUAAAAUUUUGCUAUUAGAUGAAGCAACAAGUGCUAUGGACUCCUACAAUGAACAGAUCAUUCAAGACGCUCUUGAAAAAGCGGACACGGAUGAUCCAACUCGAACUACACUCAUUAUUUCUCAUCGUUUAUCAACCAUUCGGCCAUGUGAUAUGAUCUGCAUUCUUGACAAAGGAUAUAUCGUAGAAGGUGGUACUCAUGAAGACUUAAUGAAACGACGUGGAGUCUACUAUGAAAUGAUUGUUCGUGAUUGUACUUCAUAA